AUGAGCUUCCGCCGUGACCCCGCUAUUGAGGGUUCCUGCUGCAAUCCUUUCCAAAUCCCCCAUCAAGACCAUGCGAUCAUGCACAUGGAAGAAGACGGUGCCGAUACACCAAACGAAACCGGUCUGAAGGCUGCGGAAGAAUAUUUGGCGUCCGAAGUGCACAAACUUUCAUUGAAGGAGAGGCUAGAAGCCUUGGAUGACGUUCACUGUGUCGGAAAAGAGAUCGAAACGACCCCUGAAGCACUUCAAGAUUUACUGACAGAGUUUGAUGAGGAGGUAAAAAGGAGCAACGACCCCACCUAUAAACUCGCUGAACGCCUAAAUAAAGCAUAUGUGGAAGACACAGCAUUCCGGUUAAGAUUUCUGUUUUCAAAGAUGAACAAUGUGAAGCAAGCCGUGACGCAGAUGCUUGCCUUUCUUCGACAAAAGGCCAUGUAUUUCGGAAAGGAAGCCCUUGGUCGUGACAUUCUGUUGUCUGAUUUGAACACCGACGACCUGGAUCUUAUGAAAUCUGCGAUAUACUACGUUCAAGCGGAAAGGGACAGCUCUGGUAGAGCCAUAGUUCAUAUGUCCCAGAACGCUAUUCUCAUCGAAGAUGAAAGUGUCAAUGCUCUGAUCCGGAUGGCUUUUUUCCUCUUCUACAACCAUGUCGUGCCAUUGGCAGAAACAGCAACAAAGGGCAUUGUUGGUAUUGGAUACGAAACCCAAGAAAGCCAGUUGGAAGGUCCCAGGCUCAGUAUGAAGUCAAUGCUCAAGAUUGUUGACAGUUGCUUCUCCCUUCCAAUGCGAUUCUCCAGCCUCCACUAUUGCCUGAAACCGUUUGGUUCCACCCUUGCAAGAGCUGCCGUUCAAGUCAUGGUUCGCAACUGCCCAAAAUAUGUCGCUCAAAGAACUAGAGUCCAUAUUGGGACUAGUAUGGAGAUUCAAUAUGCACUCCAAAGCCACGGCAUUCCAAUGGCAAGCUUUCCAUUGGAUAAGAAUGGAAUCGUUCGAGUUGACGUAUUUCGGAGAAGCAUGGACAAACUUCUUGGUAUGGAUUUGUGGAAAAGAAGCGGCCGAAAAGAUAGCAGCCCAAUGGAUGUGGAAUGUGUAAAGAUUCCACCCGGUUUGAAAGUGAGACCUGGUGUUGUCGGACCACUUUCAAGUGAUGUGCUGCUUGGUCGUGGCAGGGGAUUGCAGCAACAUCCAGGGAAUAUUGAAUUCCGAAUCUGGAUGAAAGCAUAUCGUGAAGAAUACGAGAAUGCUCAAAGAUUCAAACGAUAUGAAGUGGCUGCGGAUCUGAAGGCCAGAUACGAAGCAAAGGGUGUACGUUUUCUAAAGAAGAAUGAUGAGGACCAGUGGGAUUACGCUGAUGCCAACUGUGUAAAUGAGAAGAUUAAGCAGCUCUUUCGGUCCAUGAGAAAAUGA